AUGGCAGAACCAGCUGGCCGUGACCGUGUGCCGUGCACAUACGAGGACUGCCGCUUCUACUUCGACUCAGAGAAGGAGAUGAAGCGGCACAAGGCCUCUCAGCAUGACUACUGCUCUCGAUGCGACGAAGACUUCGAGAACGAGGAGUGCUUGCUCAUCCACAAGAUCAAGAGCACGAAGCACAUUCGAGGGAGGCCGCGAUCUCCAUAUCCGUCAGUUGAGCUAGGUCCGCAUGAGGCUCACAACUUACAGAACCAUCCGACUGAGCAAAGGAUCAAAUGUCCCGGGAAGGAUUGCGGAAGGAUUUUCACCCGUGCAGCUGCAUUCGUGUCGCACAUCGAGAAGAAGGAAUGUAAGGGCAUCGAUGAGGAGCGUCUCGUCCACCAGCGCGCCAUGAAGACCAUGAUCUCGAGCGCGCUCAAGAAGCAAACUGGAUUUCCGACGCCUCCGACCAUUGGGGAUGACAGAAGCGGAAUCCGCAUCAGCCAGAAGGAACUCCAGAGCAGGGGGGCCAUGCUGAACCAGCCCUCGCGCAAGGAUGACGACGUCAAAUCGACUACGUCAACCACGCUGUCCUUGAAGCAUUGGCCGAGACUGGGUGAGAAGAAUGUGCCAGACAAGUCCGAACAGGAGUCAGAGUAUGAACCGAGCGACCUGGUGGCUUUUAGCCAGCUGUCCGUUCAAACCAAGACCAAAACGGCGAUUGAAACAGAGAAUCAGUUGUCUGCACAGAUCAACGAAAUGAACCUUGCCAGCGGCCACUACUCUGAAGUGCAGCCUCCCGUACCAGGACGUUUCUUCGGUCAGGAAGCCGUCCAGUUCUACCGGGCGUACGACCCCAACUGGGACCCGAACAAGCACCUCAACCCGUACACUGGCAAGUACGAUUGCUGCGGCGGGGAGUUUGAAGACGUCAAAGGUCUUGCGGAACAUCUGAUCCUGCACAUGGGGAGAAAUUUCUCAUGCCCUUGCUGUCGCCGCAAGUUCAAGAGCAACGCCGCCCUGGUCGCCCACUGCGAAACCAGCACGCGAUGCCCGGGCCUCCGAAGCGAGAAAUAUGCGCAGACCCUCGACGAAGUCAGCGGCGGCUUCGUCCAGGCGGUUGGGUACCACGAAGACGGCACGCCCAAGUUCGAGGCCGGAAAGGUCGACCAGCCUGCUGGCAAGACGAUCAUUGGCGUUGAUCUGAACAAGUUCUUUGCCAAGCGACGCUGCGAUCAUCACAUCAACCCCGCAUUGCAAUCUCGAUCUAUCUGCAGGCACGUUGGAACAAACAAACAAUAUCGAUUGCGGGGCCCCAAAUGUCAUCAUCAACAACCAAUAACUACCAAUCCUCCCUACUCCGUACCUGAAUUUCUCGCAGAGCUGUUACGUGACGUCAGUGCAUUAUUUCUUAAAUUUGACGAGACGAGACAGACGUACGGGUAUGGAUAG